AUGCACUGCUCGCAGCCGGAGGGCGUAGACCAGCGCAUCGGGCACAUGGACAUCGCCCAGUUCCCGACGGACAAGCUGCUGGAGAUGCUAACGGGUCUACUGUACAAGAUCAUCAAGUCGAACGAUCGUCUCAAGCCCUUUGACCAAGAAAAGCACGAUAUCAACAACAAGUACGUCGCCCAUGUGCUCAGCUUCCGCGGCAAGCACAUUCCGACCAUCACGCUCGGCGACUACUUCGCGCGGAUCCAGAAGUACUGUCCCAUCACCAACGACGUUUUCCUGUCGCUCCUGGUCUACUUCGACCGCAUUGCAAAGCGCUGCAAUGCGCUGGAUCCCCAACUUUUCGUCAUGGACUCCUACAAUAUCCACCGCCUGAUAAUCGCCGCAGUAACCGUCAGCACCAAGUUCUUCAGCGACUUCUUCUACAGCAACUCACGCUACGCCCGUGUGGGGGGUAUCUCUCUGGAAGAGCUCAAUCGCCUAGAACUGCAAUUCUCCAUACUCUGCGACUUCGAGCUCAUUGUCUCGAUCCAGGAACUCCAGCGCUAUGCCGACCUUCUCUACAAAUUCUGGCAUCGAGAGCACCUGGCCAAGGCCUCUACCAACGCAGCUGUUCCGCACUGA